AUGCCCCGCAGGGUGGUCGAGGAUGCCUUUGUGAGCGAGCUGGACACGUUGUCCAGUCACUGCGAAUCGCUGGGCGGUGGCACCGCACACGCCCUUGUGCAUAGAGUGUUCACAUGUCUGGACCUUGCCCCGCUGUCGACCUCCAUCCCGCCCGCGGUGCUCUAUCUCCUGCAACGCCUAAAAGCGCGCUUCCCCGCCGCGCGCGGCAGCUCCGGCCACCGCCCGUUCAUCAGCGCGUUCAUUAUCGCGAGCAAGGUCGUCUGCGACGACACAUACUCCAACAAGUCGAGGUCGAUCGUCGGCCAGGGCAUGUUCGCGCUGCGCGAGGUCAACCAGAUGGAGCGCGAAAUGUGCUCCUACCUCGAGUGGCGGCUCAACAUCGACCCCAGGGCGCUCACCGAGUUCGAGCAGAAGGUCCGCCGCGACUUCAAGGGCUCCGGCCCGUACCCGACGUCCAUCCUCGCGUCGCCCGCACCGUCGCACGUGCCAAGGACGAUGCCCUAUACGCAGGCGAACGCGAGCGCCCCGCCCCCGAGCUUCACGACGCGCGUGAUAAACACGCCGUCGACGUCCCCGCCAUGCUCGCCGCGAUCUCAGCGCUGCCCGGAGCGCAAUCGACGUAAUGCAUGUCAUCCUCUGGGUGGACGUACCGGUGGAGACGCGGUGCAGGAGAUCAGAGGAGAUCGCACAGGACGGCGGGAUUUCGCGAUUUGGGUGUUCCGGUCCCCGCUGCCGGUGUCCCUUGGCCAGGAUCGUGUCACAAAUGAUGAUGUAUUUUUCUCUUACUGGUUUGGAGCCCAUCGGCCGUAUGAAUAUUGGUUCGAGUGA